CAGAGGUGGUGAGAAACAUUUAGACACCUGUCAUUAUGAUGCAUGUUAGGAUGAAUGACACGCACGGCCAGUGAGAGGCUGAAAGGGAAAAGCUAGCUCCUCACACAUCGGCGAGCGGAACACCGGGCAUCUCCUCCAGACGAGCAGGACCAGGCUGGGCUCGCUCGCUCGCGAAAGCCCACUUCGUGUCCGUGCGCGCGGGGGAGGGGGAACUCGCAAGCUUCCGUCGUGGUUCAAGGAAGUUCCUGUUCUAAUUUUUCCAAGAGGAGAAAACAGCAGCGGCUACGCAACCCCACAAGAGUCUAAGAUGCCCUAGGCCGGGAGAAGGGAAAUGUAAAUGGCUUCCAAAGUAAAAGAUGCUGUGGUGUGGUACCAGAAAAAGAUCGGCGCCUAUGACCAACAGAUAUGGGAGAAGUCAGUGGAGCAACGGGAAAUAAAGGGCUUCAGGAACAAGCCGAAGAAGACGGGACAUGUCAAACAAGACCUCAUAGACGUGGAUUUAGUCAGAGGCUCGGCCUUCGCUAAGGCCAAACCGGAGAGUCCGUGGACCUCGCUGACCCGAAAAGGCAUCGUCAGAGUGGUCUUCUUCCCGUUCUUUUAUCGAUGGUGGAUCCAAGUUACCUCCAGAACCAUCUUCCUCCUGCUGCUGGUCCUCUAUCUUCUGCAAGUGGCGGCGGCCCUCGUGUACGGGCUCAUCCCUCAGCCUCAUGGGGUACCCACCACCGAGGUGUUUGGAGCCAUCUGGCUCAUGCUGCUGCUGGGCACCGUCCACUGUCAGAUCGUCUCCACCAGGACCCCGAAAGCCGCCUCCAGCGGCGGGGGGAAGAGACGCAGGAAGUUGAGGAAGGCAUCUCAGAUGGAGGUGCAUAGGGAAGGCGACGGGUCUAGCACUACCGAUAACACACAGGAGGGGGCGCCACACUCCCACUCAGCGAGCACCACGUACAGCCUGGGCACUCUCUUCCAAGAUUUCUGGCAUGAUAUCUGUAAAGCUGGAUCGAAGAAGUCCAAACUGUCCAUCAACAAGUCGACUGAGACGGACAACGGCUACGUCUCGCUGGACGGCCGGGUGACCAAUCGCAGCAGCGAGGAGGGGCUGCAGCGCUGCGAUUUGCUGGCCCGGGCCGACGAGGUGUGCUGGAACGCCCACGUCCAGCCGGCGCACCUUCUCGCGCCCCUCGGCGCCGGGCCGAUGGUGGCCAGCGCCAACAAGGAGCCGGCGUCGGACGAGGCGUCCAGCGAGGAGGACCCCGACGCCUCCUACAGAGCCCUGCGCAGGGGGGUGGAAAGGAUGAACAGCGACUCCACGCUAAGGAACCGCAAGAGCAUGCAUCACUACAAGAAGCACUUUGCUGUGGAGCAGGACGUUCCCAAGUCCGGCACCAGCUGCAGCUCCAGAUGUUCCAGUCUCAGGACUCAGGACUCGGAGAGCACUCGACACGAGUCUGAGACGGAGGACCUGAUGUGGGAAGACUUCCUGCACUGCGCCGAGUGCAGAUCGUCCUGCACGUCAGAGACAGAGGGAGAAGGAGGAGGGACGCCUGUCUGUCCCUCUGCUAAAAAGGAAUAUAGAGACGACCCUUUCCAUCAGGUCAGUGAGGCCUCUUGCCUUGUGAUGGACCCUUUCCAUCAGGGUCACGCCCCCUGGCUGCACAGCUCCAAUCCCGGCCUGGAGAGAGUGAGCGCCAUCGUGUGGGAGGGAAACGAGUGCAAGAAGGCCGACAUGUCCGUCCUGGAGAUCAGCGGGAUGAUCAUGAACCGAGUGAAUCUGUACAACCCUGGUAUCGGUUACCAGGUCUUUGGGAACCUGGUCUCGGUGACUCUCGGCCUCACACCUUUUGUGUACAGGCUGGCUCAGUACAGUGACCUGGAUCAGCUGACCAGUCUCUCAGCCAACGAGCUGCUGUCUGUAGCGCUGGGAGGCGGGACGGAAUCGGACGCCUUGGUCAUCACCAUGGUAACCCUGAGCUUCCUUGUACGCGUCUGCCUUACAUGGCUCUUCUUCUUCCUGCUCAGUGUUGCCGAGAGGACUUACAAACAGAGGCUAAUGUUUGCCAAGCUGUUUGGUCACCUGACUUCGGCCCGCAGAGCCAGGAAGUCUGAAGUCCCCCAUUUUAGACUGAAGAAAGUGCAGAACAUCAAGAUGUGGCUGUCGCUACGCUCCUACCUCAAGAGACGUGGUCCUCAGCGCUCGGUGGACGUGAUCGUGUCAUCCGCCUUCCUGCUCACUCUGUCCGUCGUCUUCAUCUGCUGCGCCCAGCUGCUGCACGUCCACGAGACGUUCCUGGCGUGUCACUAUAACUGGGAGCUGGUGAUCUGGUGCUCCAGUCUGUCUCUGUUCCUGCUCAGGUUCGUCACGCUGGGCUCCGAAACCAGCAAGAAGUACAGCAACACCUCCAUUCUGCUCACCGAACAGAUCAACCUGUAUCUGAAGAUGGAGAAGAAGCCAAAUAAGAAGGAGGAGCUCACAUUGGUGAACAACGUGUUAAAACUGGCUACCAAACUUCUCAAGGAGUUGGAUACUCCUUUCAGGUUGUAUGGUUUGACUAUGAACCCUCUGCUCUACAACAUCACCCAGGUGGUCAUCCUGUCUGCCGUGUCGGGGGUCAUAUCUGACCUCUUAGGAUUUAACCUGAAGCUGUGGAAGAUUAAGUCGUGACAGUGAGCCGGAGAAGCCUUCGCCUGAGACGCAGCGUCCCGACACGUCGGAGGGCCUUCAGCCGUCUCACUUUGUGCAAUUCAAAACCUAUUUAUUUACCCACUCAGUGUUUUCUACUUAGGGUUUAUUUGAAUAUUUGUUUGUUUUAGCUUUUGUGUUUUAAGACGCAAAAGGGAUGCUAUAUUUUACCUGUCUACAAAAAGUGUUAUAGUAUUAUUUUCAAGCGUUGAUGCUGGUUUUAUUUGGUGGUUUAGGAUCUUUGCUGCGUUUGCAACGGUUCAGUUUUCAUUUCAGGUAAUUUGCGUCUUUGAAGCAUCGAGCUGCCGAUGCACAACUAUUGUUUCAUUGUAAGGUUUUGUUUAUUUGCUUAAACAAAAGGUUAUUAUUUAUAUUUUAAAUACAUUUUAAAAUAGAAUUUCAAAAUGUUACAACCAUGGUAUUUUUUUAAGAAUACAAAUGUUACUCCAAUGGUUUUCCUCAGAUGGAAGUUGAACUACAAUGUAGUGGUUCUUUUUUGGGGGAAAAAAAAAGCUAAAUGAUCUUUUCAGAGAUGAGCAGAGCAAAUCCUCGUAAAACUUAAUUUGAAAGUUUACUUGGCUUCCUGCAAAUUCACAAACAAAAAAUACUUCUAUUCCCUGUUGACAUCUGUUCCCAAGUGGUACAUUUCUUUUUUCCACAUUUACCUGUCUUCUAAGGAUUUUUUUAUUUUCUGACUUACCUGAUGGAGUUGCUCCCGGUUUGGUCCUUACUUGUGAAAUGCCACAUCAGCAAUGCAAAGAAACAAUCAUCCAGUUAAUGGAAAAUACAGAACAUCGACAAUAGUGGACAUUCAUUAUAAGAAACCUGACAUUUAAAAAUCUUUUAUUUAUGAGUAGUUAUUUUUCUGUAUCUCGUAACGCUCCAUCCUUAAGAUCAAUUCCUUUUGUGGGUUUUUUUUUUUUUGUGAUGAUCCCGAUUGGUCAUUUACGUUUUUUGAAGUUCUCAAACUGACAUGGCGUCUGAGGUCCGAGGGCCUUUUCUGCUUCGUUUAACUGCGUUAAGCGACCUAUAAGUAUCCGUGAUGAGAGCUGGUGGGAUUGUCUGCCUUUCUCACCCUCCAUAGAACAGAGUAACACUGAGCCGUCCUCCACGAAAGAAGAUGAACAAAGCCGUCCACAAACCCCCCCCCACCCCCCAUCCCCCGAGGCACAUCGAGAUUCAGGCGAGUACACAGUACGACAUUCACGUAGAUCUAGAAAAACAUUUCACGUUCAUCAAAAAGGUGAAUGAUGUGCACAAUAUCCCACCAGGUUCAGGUUCCUGAACAUUUCAGUUAAAGCAGGUCUGAACGUGGAUGAAGAUGCACUUUAAAGACGGAUGAAAAUUACAUCGUGUUUCAAUGUCAGGCCAUUUCUUUCUUUUUUUUUUUUUUUUUUUUCUUCAUGUACCUCACCUGUGUGACACGAUGUGAGUGUGUGUGUGCGCGUGUGCUGUAGUCUGGAUUUACAAAUAUUUUGACAAUUCACAUCACUCGUACAUCCAGCGUAGUACUUGCAGUCAUCCUACCCACAGAAAAUAUCUUCAUCUGAUUUAAAAUGCUUUUGUUGGCAUUCGGCUAAUUAUUAAAACUAGUUUCAUUCACAGAAACACUUGCAUAAUCAUCAGUGUGUUUGAGGGAAAAGACCAAAGUGCUUGUUUGAAUUCAUUUUUUUUUGUGUCUGCUGGAAAAAAUGUAUUUACAGCAUUAUUCUUUACAAUAUUUGUUUCCCUUUGGAAAUACCUUUUAAGUUGUAUUAUCUGGCAUUGUGCUUUUUGUUCUUUUGUCAUUUGUAAAACGUGGUUUGGCGCUCGUUAGAAAGAGGCUUGAUCUGUGUUUCUGAGGAACAAAUACGUUUGAAAUGUGUGAAAAUAAGUAAAGAACUCUGAUGUUGUGAUUCUGUUUUCAGAGUCUAAAAUCUUAGAUUUUUUUUGUUUUUCUUUGAACUCAUCUUUCCACAAGGUCUACGUUUUUAUAACUAAAAUAAAAUGGAUGUUGAUCCAA